GAGGUCGCCAUUUUGGGCAAUAACUUUGCUAUUUCCGGUAAUGUCAAGGCUGCAUCUCGGAAGUGCGUCCACGGUGCAUCUUACUCUGCAGUUCGAAUAGAAAAAAAGAAAAAGGAUGUCUGAAUAUUUGAAGCCAGCAGCUGCUGUGAUUCUCCCUAACCUUGGUGGAAUUGCAGGUGGCUUUAUUACAAAGAGAGCCAUUCCUAACUGGUACGAGAAUUUGAACAAGCCUUCAUGGCGCCCUCCAAACAAGGUAUUUGCUCCAGUAUGGACAUGUCUAUACAGUGGUAUGGGUUAUGCCUCCUACUUGGUAUGGCGGGAUGGUGGUGGCUUUGAAGGGGAAGCAGCACUGCCACUGGCAGUGUAUGGCACACAGCUAGCACUGAACUGGGCUUGGACGCCAGUAUUCUUUGGCUUCAAAAGUCUCAAAGGGGGUCUGAUCACAAUUGUUGCUCUUUGGGGGGCUAUUGCUGGUACCAUCUACACUUUCUAUCCCAUCAAUCGGGUUGCUGCAGGCUUGCUUGUUCCCUACUUGGCCUGGGUCACAUUUGCUUCAUUCUUGACCUACCGCAUCUGGCGAGACAACAAGGACCGCACAGAUUAAAUGGGUUUAGUGAUAUACAUUAAUAAUGUUUAAAGAAUGCUUGAUUCUUAAAAAAAUUCUGGCUGCGUUUUGUAAAAGAACUUUAUUAAUGUUUAGGCUGGCUAUAAUAAUUUUUUUUAACUUUUGUCCCCUCUCUAGACACUGGAAAGUUUAUGUCCAAUUUUACACUAUAUUUAAAGGUUUUGUUGAGCAGAGUAUAUUUUUCAGUCUAAAGAAAAAUAUGUUAAAAUAAUGAAGUAAUUUUUAUUCUUCAUUAUCAAAGUAGAAUCUACAUUAAAAAUGAUCUGUGAUUUUUUAAUUCCAUUUAUAAUAAUUUUCCCAUUUGCUAAAUAUUUCAGUAAAGAAAGGCAAUGUUACAAGAUCAAUAUAACUGUUAAAAACUAUUUACAUCAAAAUUGGUCAGUGACGCAAGUAGCUGUUUUCAAGUACAUCCGUUAGAGUGUGGCAAUCCUUGCAAAAGUCAAAGUAAUUUUAUGUGUAUGUUGCAUGUAGUUGUUAUAUUUUUGGGUAAAUACACAUUUGAUUAGAGAUUUGAACACAUAUUGUUAAAAGUUUAUUUGAUCUCUGUAUUUGUUUCCAGACAAAAAUUAAAAAUAAUGAAUGCAAAAAUUAUAGAGGUAUAAAGUUUCAGCUAUUAUACAUGCAUAAUUUUUCUGUUGAGCUGAAAGCUAUUCAUGGGAUCAGCAUCAGGUGUUUAUAAAUAUCCAUUAACUCAGGGCUAUGCAAAACUAGAUUUUGAAAAAACAUAAGACUUCCUGAUUCAAUUUUUAACAUAGCAGUUCCUUUUAGUAAUUAAUAGUUUGUAAAAAAAUAAAAAGAAAAAUUCAGAAUGAAUAAAGGCAACCUGUUGAUUAGAGCACAAGGUAUGUCCUUUUGACAUUGACAUUAUGAUUGAGUUAAAUAGAUCAUGUUACAUGGAACACUUUUUGGUACUGCUACUGAAAUGUAGUAUGAUGGGAUGGUGCUCAUAAUUGUGUAAUUUUUAAAAAAACAAAUAAUCACUAUGUACAUGCCUGCAAACUCCAAUGAAAUUGGAAGAUGAAUAGCAAGAAAAGUAGAGUUAAAGCACUGUCUUCUGUUACUCUCUUGUCAUCAUUUUCUAAUAAACUGUUCUUUUUCCAUUUUGUUUUAAAGAGUUGCAUACACAAAUACUUGGUUCCUGGUUCUAUCAUGCCUUGUAUCAUGCUUGAAUUAAUUUUGCCAUGUGGCUUUUUUUCCAAAACAUGAAGCAUCAGGUUGUAUGUUUACAAAAUAAAGAGAAAAUUAAGUUUUUUCAACAGUAAUUCUUUUUUACAAAUUUGACUAAGCGCCUAUAACUUAAUGACUCUACAACUAUCUGUCUAGCAGAUUGCUAAUAGAACAAGUGCUUUUUAACUGUAGCUGAGCUGCAUGUGGGACAAUAGAGAUUUUGUGUCAUUCUGUAGAUUUAUUCUCUUUACUUUGGAUAUUGAAUAUAAGCAAUAAAGUGUUCAUAUUUUUA